UACUCAAAGGACAGCAUGAUCAUGAAAGAGAUUUUAAUCCUUCUGCUGAAUCUGUAUUUGGUCUUCAGUGUCCAAGCCAUUCGAGAGAGUAUCCCUAUGAAGAGCUUGAGCUGCUACAACGACUACAGCUCACAGGUGACCUGCACAUGGAUGGAGCAUUCAGAGGCUCAUGCCCUCGUUGGUAUGAUUCUUUACCAAAGGGAUAAUAUAAUGGAGAACAUGGAGAUGUUUUGCAAACGCCAGACAGAAAAUGACUUGCAUGAGGCUCCAGACUCCUAUGUGCACUGGGUUUGUCACAAAAAUACAAACAAUUUUGGAAUAGGUGUAGAUGAUAUUUACAGCUUCAAACCUAACAAGACGCUUCAAGCAGAAUUAAAUGUUGAUCUUUUCCAAAAUGUUCAGACCCUCCCACCUCAAAAUCUCUCAGUCAGCUUGAAGAGGUCAGGAGACUUCUUGCUGACCUGGAAAGCAGCUGAUGGAAGCCAAGGGCUGGGCAAUGCACUGGAGUACGAAGUCACCUACAAGCGGGAGUGGGAGUCCUGGGAGAAAGCUGCCUCAGUCUUGCUCUCCAACACCACACGUUGCCAUCUCAGCCACAAGGACCUUGUCCCAGGGAGCAGCUACAUUGCCCGUGUGCGAGCCAGACCGGGGCAGGACAGUGGCUUCUCUGGGCAGUACAGCGAGUGGAGCACGGAGGUGUCAUGGGAGACCCCUGAAGGUGGCCUUCAGCCCAGGAACCUUCGCUGCCUCUUCAAUGGUGCAGAUCAUCUGACGUGCAGCUGGGAAGUGAAGAAAGCCAUCACCACCUCUGUCCUCUUCGGCUUGUUCUUCAGGGCCACUCCAGCAUCAGCAGAAGAGGAGUGCUCCCCUGUGCACGAGAAGGCUUUGUCCCACAUCCCAUAUGUGGUCCAGAGCUGUGAGAUCCCUGUUAGCAACUCCAGCCGUCAGAGCCAGUACCGCGUGUCUGUCCGGGCCAAGACGGAGGAGAAACAGAUCGAAGCCUACAAGAACAUUAAGGUGCUGCCGCCUACAAACGUGUCAGUAACAGUGACAGAGAACCAAGAGUAUGAACUGAGGUGGAUAAAACACACUUUGCAAUAUGGCUUCAUAAAACAGAGGUACCAAGUCGAGUACUGGGAGAACAACCAACACGAAAAGACUCUCCAGAAGUUAAAUAUCAGCAACGAUGAACCUCCCUUCAUCUUCACCCUG